GAGUGAGGGGGCGGCGAGACCGCUGUGUUUCUAUUUUUCUGUGAUGCGCUAGCUGGUGACAAGAAGACAAGGUUUAAUUAAUAUUGUGUGAUGAAUAAUGCAACUAACCUUAAUCAAGCAAUGAAGCAUGAGAAUUUAGCAACUAGAAUGAGUUGGGUGGUUUUUAAAGCCACAUGAGAGAGAAGAUUGCGUGUUUGUUGACUGCGUCUUAAAGGCCUGAUAAUAUUUUUCUUAUUUCACCUUCUGACUUAAAUGUACAAAAAGCUGUAGCCUUUGGCUUUACAGCGAAAGGGGAUAUGAAAAAGGUGCAAACGUACUCUUUUGGGAGCAAUUAUGGGACCAGGCAUGAAAGACAGUCCCUUAUUAUUGCCUAGAGGGGCACAGAAAAAGGAAAGCCAGACUUAUGAAACACGCCAGAGAAUGGUAACUGGGACAUCCCUUCCAAAUAUAAAAGGAAUAAAGAAACCAUUUCCUCAGCUGACACCAUCUUCGAGCAGAUUGAGUAAGAAUAUCUCCAGCGCUACUGAAAAGACAUCUCAUAGCAACCUAGAUGAUGUUCAGUCACGGAGUUUUUACAAGAAAGGGAAUAGGAUGAAUGAGUCUUGUCAGAAAAACAGCAGUAUGAAUGUUGGCCCACCUCCGAAUAGAGCAAAAGGUUCAAAGAAGAAGGAUCCCUUAGAAAAAAAGCCGAGUAAAUCUCAAUUACCUCUCAUUCCUUCCCAGUUGAAAAGCAGUAUUAUAGAUAUCUCCCAAAGGACUGAGGAUGAACUUAAAGGAGGUAGUCAUAUGGAAGGAGACCCUAAAAGGAAUAUUUCAGCAUCUGUUGCUGAAGCUACUUCAUUUGGUUCCAGAUUUCCAGAGCCUUCAAUGGGCAAAUUACUUCUUGACUUUCAGUCAUUGAGUAUUACUGAAGAAGAUACUGAUGAGGAUAGUGCAAGUGAUCUUUCUGAUUCUGAAAGAAUUCCUUUUCCACCUUCUCCUUUUACACCACCAGAACUUAACCUUAGAGCUGAAGAAAUUGAUCCAGUUUGUUUUGAUCCUCAUGUUGAUCAAGGCUCUGAGCAAGCUGAGUAUUACUAUCCUGACUUCCUUCCACCCCCUUUUAACUCCUGGGAUUUAAAUAAUAUGGCUUCAUCAACAAAUACAGAAUACAAAAGUGAGCUCCUCCCACAGACAAUAGAGUCUCUUGGGAAGUAUAUUGAUAGACUUGUUCAACUGGAGUGGCUACAAAUGCAAACCGUACAAAAUGAAAAAAUAAAGCUAGUCAAAGCAAGGCCUCAGACUGCUCCUGGUACCUUGUGGUCUGCAAAAAGCCCUGUGAAAAGCAGGCUGUUUCCAAAUACUUUAUCUAGCAGGAUAUUAACUCAUCCUGAAGGGUUUACAAAGUUUUCCCCAGGCCAAGCAGUUCAUCUUCGAAAGAGAGAAGUUCAUUGUGAAGAAGCCCACCCAUCAUAUUAUGUAUUCCAGAGUUCUCCCAAAACUAUUGAUGCAAUUAGUAGCAGGUCAUGUCCCCAGAAGCAAAACUAUGAAAUGAGAAUGAAGGAAAAGAAAAAGAAACCGAAUGAAGGUGCAAAGCAACAACUUCUGGAAUUGCCAUGCAAUGACAGCAGUUCUAAGAUUCAGGCUAGUGGUAACAUUAGAAUUCCCAAACAGCCACAGAUGGUUCUUUCCUCAGUUGAGCAUCUUAAGCCCCUCAAAGCACCCAUACGUCCAAAUCCUAAGAGAAAUGGAAAUGCAAAUAACUAUGGACCUGCCAAUAAAGCCACAGCAGGGAGAGAACUCAAAACUAAUGGAGGGAAGCAAGCCUCCUAUGUGUUCAAGUAAUUUUAUUUUAAAUAGAUAACAACAAAAUUUAAAAAGUGACCUAGAGAGCUACAUAUUAACAUGCCUUCUGAUGAAUAAGACUUUGACUUAAGUCUUCUUAAAUGGGAACAUCUGUAGGAAAUUUGUUUACUUGGCAUUUCAGUGAUUUGUGGUUUUUUUUUUUCUCCUGUGCCAACAGUGUUAUCUCAGAAAUGUCUUUUAAUGCCUUUUUCUAUAUUAAUAAUCUUGGCCGAUAAUGAGAACCCUUUAGGUAAAAAUAAACUCUCUCUCUUGAGAAGAUAUGAUAAGUGCCAUAUUGAAAGAGCAAAACUGAAUUCUUUUUUCCUGGAGAAGAGCCAACUAAAUUUCUGGAUUAGCCAGCUAGUCCAGAUUUAACUAUGCAGAAUGGAUAGAGUGUUAUUCUCUCUCCUGAUUUCCGUUGCCCAUAAAUAAUACACUAUUUAAAAUGGUGUUGGAUUAUAGAAGUUAGAUAGUAAAGAUUUUUCUUUGCAUUCCUUCUCUCUCACUUGCCUUUGCAUUAGCCAUGUAAGCAGUAGGGUCAGGUUCAUUUCAUGCUCUAAGAGAGCACUUCAGUUUGUCCUCAGGGUUAUGGAAUAUGGAAUUUCUAUUUUGAGCUAAGUCAUUUAUCACUAAAUUACUUUCUCUUAAAAGUCUAUGGAUUCUGGUGUUUUAAUACUUUUAACACUCCAACAUGGGAAAUAAGUAUCUUAAAUUGAGAAUUGUCGGAAAGAUCCUUUUUGGAGAAAUUUAAAACUUGGUUUAAAAUAAAAACCAGUUUCUAAAUGUACAUAUUUCACAGAACUUUUUUUUGUUCUAGCUGAAAAUUGUUUGAAUAUGAUUUUACUUUGGUAGAGGGUUGGGAUGAAACAUUUGGUAUGCAAGAAAUUUCUGGAAAGUCAGGUUGUCUUUGAAGGGAGACAUCAUGAGGAAAAUACUUUUAGGAUUUGAAUUUGCUGUGCCAGUAGUAUCAAUAUGGAACCACACUGAAUGUGGCAGACAUUAAGUUAUAGGUCUGAAAGCUGAAUUCUACAGAACUUCUUCAAUGUAAUUUAUUAAAGACAAGCAUAAUACUAUCCUGUUGGGUUGCAAGAGCACAAUUAUAUUUGGGGGAAAGGGAGGACAGCUGAAGGAAUGGGUACACUGGGGAAGAAGGCUACACUAAAGCCUGCCCCUGACACCUCCAGCUCUUCUCGUAGGGUACCUAGCUUGUCCUACCUCUCCUUGUAUGAAUUGUCAUUAAUAACACUUAUUUAUACUAUUAGUUGUCUUAUUCAGCUUAUUGUUAAUUUUCAUAUGCUUCAAAAUUCUUGGUUGUUUACUCCUUGAAAAAUAGUGCACUUUUAUGGCUGUUUAUUUUAGUCAUUUAAAUGGUUAAUCUAUUUGAUCAUAUGUUUUUCCUUUUUAAUCUUUAUCUGUCAAGGUUAUGAUAAAAGUGGAUUGGGAACUUGUACUGUGAAACCAAAUACAAAAGACUUCAUCUUUAUGCUUAUUGAACCUCUCCUAUAGAUUAAAUGUCAUUUAAAUAGUUAUAUAAGUGACAAAUGGAAAUUUCAAAGGACCACAUAUAUUUAUAACAAAAUAAUGUGCCAAUAUUAAAUUUUAAGGUUAAUUUAAGAUUAUUAUUUGACCAUCCUAAAAAUUUAUUUUGAAGAAACAUUUUUCUUUCAAUUCAAGCACCUUCUAAGGUUGCUCCUCUUAAAAUCUUUAUUCUCCUUAACAACUGGUUAGAGAAACUCUCCCCAUCUAAUAAUUCCUGUAUCUAUUUUGUCCAAAAAAGAAAAAAUAAUGUUGUAUAUAUACUACUAAGUCCUAUUUUUAACACUCAUAAACCCAAACAUACUAUGGUAUUUUGUAUUAGUAUAUACAUAAUACAUGGAAAAUCUAUUGCAUGGUUUGUCUGCCUUUAUUGUUGUUCACAUUUAAAGUUCCCUAUGCAAAUAUGCAACUUUAUGCCAUGUAUCCUUCUCUUACAUUGCUGCUCAUAGAUGUGUCUCAUCUAUGUAUAAUUCAAUAGCCUAAAAACAGUUUUCUGCAUAUACAGUUGCAACUUAUAGAACUAUAACUUGUCCUACUUUUUUGCUCAGGUUUUUAAGUGUUAUUUUAUGUUCUUUGCUAGAGGCAAGUAGUACUUUACUGUGUGAUAUCAUAACUAAAAUCUCAAUAAGCAUGCUAUGAUGGUGGCUGCUUGCAAUGAAGUAAAUGACUAAAAUUUAGUUGCCACCUUUCCUACUAGUGAAGGACGUGGGUGGUUAUUUUGAGAGCCUGGAUUAGUUUGAAUGUAGAUUUCUUAACUUAUUUUUACUCAUUUUAUACACUUGAAUUGCUGUCCAUCGAUGGCCAAAAAUCUGUUUCUGCAAAGACAUCUAUUUCCAGCUUACUUGAUUAAGAGCUAUUGCUUUUCAAAAAAGAAAUAUGUAAUGGAGAGGGGAAGGAGAAUAUUAAUGUACCCAAACAGCAUUUUUGAAGGUGAUAGGUUUUACUUCACCUUUGCAUUUCUUCCCUCACAUUGCUUUGAUUUUCAAUAAUUUUUAAUAUAUUAAGAUCCCCUGGUGAAUAGCUUUUUCUCUUCUCCCCCCUCCCCCCCAUAGUUGAUAACACAUUUGACCCCACGGUAAAAUGCCAAUCACUUAUUUAUGACAGGGCAAAUCAUAGAUGUUUAAUCUGACACAUGCAUUAUAUUGCUCACCCCAGAUGAGUUAAGACCCUUGCCAUUAUAUAUAUAUAUGAACAUCCUUGCAAAGUACAUUAGCUAAUUCCUGUAUUUUAUCAAAAUAACUGUCCACUGUCCUGAACCUGUUUUUUCCUAGUCUAUUUACUUCAAGAAAUAACACAUUUUCAGAGAAUGGUUUUUGUGAUUGUAGAAUCUGUCCUGAUGUCACUUAGACUGUCCAAAUUGCUGCCCAACAUGAGCAACAAGCUUAGGUUAAUGAAUAUUGUAAUAGCAAAUAGAUACAAUUAAUGAAAAUCGUAAUACAAUUACAGUUGUAAUAGCUAUUGUAAAGCAAUAGGUUAUAAAAGACAGAAAUAAUCACCUAGCAUUUAUUUAUUUGGAAGCAUCCCUUUUAUUGAAUUAAACUUAAAACAAAAAAAAGAAAAAAAAGCCAGUGACUUAACAACUUAGUAUAGCAGUUCUAGUGAUAACAGCUAAGAUUUUAGGUUGAAGAAGAAAUUAGACUCAUUUGCCCUUUAAGAUAUUUCAAGAAGUUUCUAAGUUUCUAAAUUCAGAAUACCAGGGUAAUAGACUUAAGCAGACUUUUGUACAAUAAAAUGAUUGCACGAUCAUAGAUAGCUACCCAACAUCUGCCAUGAAAAUGUCAUCUGGAGAGUUUAGAGUUUCAAAAACAAAUUGAGAAUGAUAUAUAAUUGAGCAAUUGUGACACUUGGCAGCACAGUGGCCAAUGGAAAAUUGUCAUUUGGUAGUAUAAUAGCUUGAGGGAAGAAAAUAUCAUAGUUCUUGAGCCUUUUAAUUUGCAAGGAAGACAAGAAUUUCCAUGAAUAAUUAAUUUUUCUUGUUUAUUAUUAAUGUCUUAAUUUGCCUUAUGCACAUAUUAACUCUGAAGUUACAUAUGUAUAACUAUUAGAGGUACAUUCCUAGAAAAUAACAGAAGCAGUACUUCUUAUUAAGAAACAGUUGUGCAGGGCACUAUCCAACAGCAUGAAAACACUCAGCAUGCUUGAAUUAUUUGUUAUCAUAAUUGUUGUAUGCUUGCCUUAGCAUAUGAGAGUGAAUAAAAUAAACAGAAUAUGUGACUCUGUGGGCCUCUGCUUUUAAAUAAAACAGAAAAUCAUGCUUAUUCAA